AUGUCUCGCCAACACGUCAGAGGCCACUCGUACCACGAGGCGCAGAGGCCGCACCCCGCGCAGGGCUCGUCCGCCGUGCCCGUCACGGGCGGCGAGCGCGCCGCUGCAGCGGCGGCGCGCGCAGGCGGAGCGGAGGCCGCAAGGCCCGUGGCGGGCAAUCUAGAGAGCUUCCUCGCGCACGUCACCCCGCACGUCAAACUGCACUUCCUCCCCCAGGUACCGCCUCCCCCAGGUACCGCCUCCCCCGUUCUCUCCCACAGGUACCACCCUCUCCCUUUCUUUUCCCAAGUAACUCUCCCCUGCUCCCUUCCCCGUAUAAUGCCUUCCCUCUCCCCCCCCCGCUCAUCUCCCCACCUCUGCACUCCGCGCGCCUCCCUCCUCCGCCACCCCCGCGCGCAGGACUGGUGCGACGAGCACAGCAACGGCGCGCGCGCCAAGGCCCCCCCCGGCGCGCCUCCCGCGCCUCCCGCGGCGUUCUUCGCGCUGAGCGACCUGUGGGACGCGCUGGAGGAGUGCAGCGCGUACAGCGCCGCCGUGCCGCUGCACCUCCCCCCCACAGGCGCGCCCGCCACGCAGCACUACGCGCCCUCCAUCUCCGGCCUCCAGCUCUUCUCCCGCCUCCCCGCGUCCGCCGCGGGCCCCCCUGCGCCCGCGGGCCCCCCCGCCCCGCGCCUGCACUCGCGCAGCCCGCUGGAGCAGCCCAGCCUGGCGUCGUCCCCCCACUCCCCGCACUCCCCCCACUCCCCGCACUCCCCGCACUCCCCCCAAUCCCCCCACUCCCCGCCGUCUCCCUGGGAGGCGUAUCUGGAGGAGGGCGGCAACGGGCGGUGCGAGGAGGGUGCGGAGGCGUGGUGCCGUGAUUGCAGCGGCGGGCGUCCGCUGCUGGAGUUCUUCGAGCGCACACCGCCACACUGCCGCCCGCCGCUCUACACCAAGGUAGCGGAGUUGGAGAGGGAGUGUGAGGUGUUGAAACGCACCUCGAGCUUGCAGCUGCAUCCGCGCAGCUGGAUCGCCAUCGCCUGGUACCCGGUGUACAGCAUUCCCACGGCCGCCACCACGCGGGACCUCGCCGCCUCCUUCCUCACCUUCCACAGCCUCUCCUCCCCUCUGCCCUCCUCCUCCGGGUCGUGCAGCCUCUGCAGAGCCAGGUUCUGGAUCGCGCCGCCCUCCUUGCCCGUCUUCCAAUCCGCCAAGCACUUGCCCGCCCGCCCAUCGUCGGAUUCAGCUGACGGGGCGAGCGAGGGGAGGCAACGGGGGGUUUUCACGACGCCUCUGGUGCCGUUUGGCUUUGCGGGGUACAAGACGUGGGGGACGGUGUGGUCAGACCGGGGGGCUGUGCGGGGCUUGGAGGUGGCGGCAACGCAAUGGCUUCGGCAGAUUGAUGCGAACCUGCCCGACCAUGCCUUCUUUUCCAGGCAACGAUAA